UGCCGCGACGUAGCUCCGGCUCGGCCCUUUGCCCCACGUCAGCGGCGGAGGCUCCGCGGCCUGCGUUUACUCCAACGCCGCUGACGUAACGUCAUCUUGCGGGACGUGGACGGAAGAAAAAGGAGAGUAAGCCGGCGCCGGAGUCUGCCCGGCGUGGAGUGCGGACCAGGCGGCGGGGCCGGGCAGUGAGGUCUGGCGGCGGCGUGAAGCAGAUACUUUGAUCAUUGACCACAUCGCAGCAUGUUGAGUCAAGUCUACUGCUCCGGGUCCCAGCCCUUCCGCCAGCGUCUCCUGCCCUGGGUCCAAUCCACAGCCCUCUCCAGAUCUCAUCGUGUCCAGCCUUCAGCCAUCAGACAUGUUCGUUCUUGGAGCAACAUCCCCUUUAUCACUGUACCCCUCAAUCGUACACAUGGCAAGUCUUUUGCCCACCGCAGUGAGCUGAAGCAUGCCAAGAGAAUCGUGGUGAAACUCGGAAGUGCUGUAGUAACCCGGGGGGAUGAGUGUGGCCUUGCCCUGGGGCGCCUCGCAUCUAUUGUUGAGCAGGUGUCAGUGCUCCAGAAUCAAGGCCGAGAGAUGAUGCUGGUGACCAGUGGAGCCGUAGCCUUUGGCAAGCAGCGCUUGCGCCAUGAGAUCCUUCUGUCUCAGAGCGUCCGGCAGGCCCUGCACUCGGGGCAGAACCAGCUGAAAGAGAUGGCAAUUCCAGUCUUAGAAGCACGAGCUUGCGCAGCCGCCGGACAGAGUGGACUGAUGGCCUUGUAUGAGGCCAUGUUUACCCAGUACAGCAUCUGUGCUGCCCAGAUUUUGGUGACCAACUUGGAUUUCCACGACGAGCAGAAGCGCCGGAACCUUAAUGGGACACUUCAUGAGCUCCUCCGAAUGAACAUCGUCCCCAUUGUCAACACAAAUGAUGCUGUCGUGCCCCCAGCUGAGCCCAAUAGUGAUCUCCAGGGGGUAAAUGUUAUUAGUGUUAAAGAUAAUGAUAGUCUGGCUGCGCGUCUGGCUGUGGAAAUGAAAACUGACCUCCUGAUUGUUCUUUCAGAUGUAGAAGGUCUUUUUGACAGUCCUCCAGGGUCAGAUGAUGCAAAGCUCAUUGAUAUAUUUUAUCCUGGAGAUCAGCAGUCUGUGACCUUUGGAACCAAGUCAAGAGUAGGAAUGGGUGGCAUGGAAGCCAAGGUGAAAGCGGCCCUCUGGGCUUUGCAAGGUGGCACUUCUGUGGUUAUUGCCAACGGAACCCACCCAAAGGUGUCUGGGCAUGUCAUCACAGACAUUGUGGAGGGAAAGAAAGUUGGCACCUUCUUUUCUGAAGUAAAGCCUGCAGGUCCUACCGUUGAGCAGCAGGGAGAAAUGGCUCGAUCAGGAGGAAGGAUGUUGGCCACUUUGGAACCUGAGCAGAGAGCAGAGAUUAUCCAUCAUCUGGCUGAUCUGUUGACGGACCAACGUGAUGAGAUCCUGUUAGCCAACAAAAAAGACUUGGAGGAGGCAGAGGGGAGACUCGCAGCCCCUCUGCUGAAACGCCUGAGCCUCUCCACAUCCAAAUUGAACAGCCUGGCCAUCGGUCUGCGACAGAUUGCAGCCUCCUCACAGGAUAGCGUGGGGCGUGUUUUGCGCCGAACCCGAAUUGCCAAAAACUUGGAACUAGAACAAGUGACUGUCCCGAUUGGAGUCCUGCUGGUCAUCUUUGAGUCCCGUCCUGACUGUCUGCCCCAGGUGGCAGCCUUGGCUAUUGCAAGUGGUAACGGCUUGCUACUCAAAGGAGGGAAGGAGGCCACACACAGCAAUCGGAUUCUUCACCUUUUGGCCCAAGAGGCCCUGUCAAUCCAUGGAGUCAAAGAGGCCAUACAGCUGGUGAAUACCAGAGAAGAAGUGGAAGAUCUUUGUCGCCUAGACAAAAUGAUAGAUCUGAUCAUUCCACGUGGCUCUUCCCAGCUGGUCAGAGAUAUCCAGAAAGCUGCUAAGGGAAUCCCAGUGAUGGGGCACAGUGAGGGGAUCUGCCACAUGUAUGUGGAUUCAGAGGCCAGCGUCGAUAAAGUCACCAGACUGGUCCGAGACUCUAAAUGUGAAUAUCCAGCUGCCUGUAAUGCUUUGGAGACUCUGUUAAUCCACCGAGAUCUGCUGAGAACUCCAUUAUUUGACCAGAUCAUUGACAUGCUGAGAGUGGAACAGGUGAAAAUUCACGCAGGCCCCAAGUUCGCCUCCUACCUGACCUUCAGCCCCUCUGAAGUGAAGUCCCUCCGAACGGAGUAUGGGGACCUGGAAUUGUGCAUUGAAGUGGUGGACAGCGUCCAGGAGGCCAUCGACCACAUCCACAAGUAUGGCAGCUCGCACACAGAUGUCAUCGUCACGGAAAAUGAGAAAACAGCAGAGUUCUUUCUCCAGCACGUAGAUAGUGCCUGUGUGUUCUGGAACGCCAGCACCCGCUUCUCUGAUGGCUACCGCUUCGGACUGGAUCUUUGAGAUUCAGAGAAGUGAAGUAAUUUGCCCAAAGCCCCCCAGCUGUCUCUCAGACCCACACUUACACAGGGCCAGAGCCUGGGUUGCUCCCACUACAGGAUGGGCAGAGCACAGCAUGUCUACUGCACAGGUCGUGACAGGCGGGCGUGCUGAGGUCCCUCGGGAGCUGUUGCAGACUCACUUCUUCAAAGAGAAAGCCAGGUUGCCUGAGAGGAGGGAUUCCCCAUGAGGACAGGACAAAAGAAGGUUUUAAUACGUAUGCUGGGCUUAAAUAGGCAGCAUCAAAAACAAACAGGUAAGCCCAGAGGUGCAAGGUUUAUUUCUAAAGCACACCUUUGAAAUAAAAAGCUUCAGAAAAGCACCCUUAAAAAAAAGAAAGACCUCCCUUCUCCCCUUCCAUCAUUAGAAAUACAAUCUCCAGGGGCACCUGGCUAGCUCAGGUGGAGCAUACAACUCUUGAUCUCAGGGUUGUCAGUUUGAGCCCCAUGUUGGGUGUAGAGCUUACUUAAAAGUAAAAUCUUAAAAAAAAGAAAGAAAGAAAGAAAAUCUCUAUUCCCCAGUGUGGAGAUUUUUCAGACAGUCCCUCGUUUUCAGGGGUACCAUUAUAAAGAGCACCAAUAGGUAUUUACGACACAUCUGAGAAUUCUUUCAACCACUUAAGACAUUUUAAAACUCUGAACUUUUGAAUAGAUCUGCCCAGAGAAUAGUUCUCACUGAAUUAGUAAAGGUUGUUAAAGAGAAUUUUACUCAGUUAUUCUUAGUCAUUAGACUCUUUACUGUUGGUUACCUGUUUGUUAUGUUGGGGUUUUGAUUUAAUUGUCACAUCCCUUGCAUUGAUUUUUGUCUUUCAUGUUGUUGAAGAAGAAAUAGCAGCGUACUUUUAAGGGCUGAGUUACCUAGCUUUCAAGCCAAAAGUCCAGGAUGGGGGAAGAGCAAAAGACCACUCCAUUGUCUUUGCAUCACGUGCUCAGAGCAAAUGCUCAAACUCUGGCUGAGUUAAAUUCCUAUGAAGUGCAUUAAUAACAGUGACAGAUGGUGUUUAUUGAGCACUUACAUAUUCCCAGCACUGUGCUAAGUGUAUCACAUGCAUUGUCUCACUUAGUUCUACGUGAUGGGUUCUGUUCUUUUCCUCAUUUUCCACAUGAACUGAAGCACGGGAGAUGGUUUGGCCAUGUGCCCAAAGUCAUGUGGUCCCUAUGCUAUCAAACCAGAAUUAGAAUCUGGUGGUCACACUCCCCUUGCCAACCACUACUACCCAGCAUGGCCCCACUUGGGCCUCUGCCCUGCUGGUCUCUGCCUGCAGCGUCUCUCCACCUGCCCCUCCGCUGGCCGGAUCCUUGUCAUUGUUCAGGGUUCAGAGGAAAGGCCCUUCCUCAGGGAGGCUCUCCCUAACCACUCUACCAGUGGGGUGUCCCCCCGACCCACGCAGUCUGUCCCAGCGCCCUUCCCUGCACUCCCAUUACCACAUGAAAUUAUUUGCUGAACUGUUCUUUGACUGCCUUGCCCACAGAAGUAUGAGGUCCAAGAAAACACGACCUUGCAUAGGUUAUUCACCACUGCCUCCCCAGGGCCCAGCGUGGUGCCUCUUACAUAGUAUAUGCUCAGUAAAGUUGUGACAGACAAGGGAACCCUGCCUCCACUAUAUACCAUGCAGAACAUCCAGACAGACCCAGGAAAACCCCUAAUGCCCCAAGUCUAAGCUUAGAGCAAGAGGGAAGGAAAAUGAACUGACCCCUUUUCAUGUAUUCAGUAACUGUCUAGUGAGUGCCUCUGUGCUAAGAAUUCUGGAGGAUACGAGAACAUGUCCCAGCCCUUCCAUUCUGGGACUUAGAGAAUAUUUGAGGAGAUGAACCUCAAUACUAGACAUUGUUGUAUACCUCAAAAAAAUGCCUGAAUGUCAAAUUAUGAUACACAGUCUAGACACUAAGCAGAUAUCAGCCAGCACUCCUAGCAUUAUCAAAAUGCAUUUGGGAUAAGAGUGCAGAGGAGAGCCCACACAUUGUGUUUCAUUAGAAGAAGGGGGCUUGUCAUGAUUCAUAGCGACCGGAGGACACAUUGACGGGGACUGUGGAACCCAAGCUGAUCUGGGGAGGAUGGAGCAGGAGUGGGCAGGAUGAGAGGGUGCCACGUGGG